AUGACAUCUGGUCAACACAAUAUCCGAGUAGAAGGUGGUACUCCUCAUUUAGUCAUCGAAUCAGGUCGAGCGUGCGUUGAAGUGAAAACCAAUCAUGGUCUGCCACAAAUUACAGAAAUUUUGCCACCAUUUGUAACGCCAGUGGACAUAUUUGCCAAUCUCGGUCCACUCCAAGCGCUACUCUACACUACUCAAGCUCCACUGCCUGCCGAACCAUCAUUUCCUCGUCCAGAUGAAUUGGCCGCUCUAGAACUCGGCUUCAACGAUACCCGCUGCGUAACGUGUCUGAACGGUACAUCAAGAUUUUCUACUACGAGACUGCCUCCGAACGUUGUUCCCACAUUUCCUGCUCAAUCCGUUACCUAUGCACCAUUUCCAACACUUGUUUCACUUAUAACUGGAGAAACGUCCUUCCCCGAGAUAACUGAUGGCACCACGGUGCCGGCAGUACCUUCUAUCGGAUCCACUCCGCCGCAACAAACGCAGACUUCAACUUUGACAUCACGAAUUACGACGGUAACGAUCACUACAGCAAGGGUGACAACACAUCCUUCUGAAACAGCCGUUUCAAGCAGCACAUCGGAUCAAUUCGUGAUUGGCCAAUUCGAUGGUGUGUCGAGUCAAGGGCCACAGACGACAGGUGAGUCCGAGUUUGUGUGA